AUGUUGGAUGUAAGACUGAUUAAGGCUAACAUGUUGGAUGUAAGACUGAGUAAGGCUAACAUGUUGGAUGUAAGACUGAUUAAGGCUAACAUGUUGGAUGUAAGACUAAUUAAGGCUAACAUGUUGGAUGUAAGACUGAUUAAGGCUAACAUGUUUGCUGUGAUGUUUGAGUUAGAUGUCGUGGUUGAAAAUGUUUCAACAUCAUUUAUUUCAUCAACCGAUAUCAUCUUAUCAACAACAGUUACGUCUGAUAUGUCAAGCUACUUUUCCGUUGGAAGCACCUUAACGUUUACAUAUGCAGUGGACGAACCCACAUUAAUUCUGGACAGCACAGUUCGAAGUCAGUUGGACUACACUGAUGAAGCCUCUAUUAUUAGCACCCACGCUACGUAUUUAAGUCCACUUAUGGAGUCAUCCGGGAAUUUAUUACAGCCAUCCACCACAACACCUGCCAUUCAGGACCUGUCAACAUCAACACCUGCCAUUCAGGACCUGUCAACAUCAACACCUGCCAUUCAGGACCUGCCAACAUCAACACCUGCCAUUCAGGACCUGUCAACAUCAACACCUGCCAUUCAGGACCUGUCAACAUCAACACCUGCCAUUCAGGACCUGUCAACAUCAACACCUGCCAUUCAGGACCUGUCAACAUCAACACCUGCCAUUCAGGACCUGCCAACAUCAACACCUGCCAUUCAGGACCUGCCAACAUCAACACCUGCCAUUCAGGACCUGUCAACAUCAACACCUGCCAUUCAGGACCUGUCAACAUCAACACCUGCCAUUCAGGACCUGCCAACAUCAACACCUGCCAUUCAGGACCUGCCAACAUCAACACCUGCCAUUCAGGACCUGUCAACAUCAACACCUGCCAUUCAGGACCUGUCAACAUCAACACCUGCCAUUCAGGACCUGUCAACAUCGACACCUGCCAUUGAGCAGCUGUCAACUGACAACAGUCAAGCCCUGCUAACGCCUACACCUGCCAGUCAAGACCUGUCUCUAUCUGUGAGUCAGACAACGUCAAAUACAGCAAUGAGUGUAACUCCCAGCCCAACAGAGUACCGCGUCGUCUCACCAACACUUGAACACACUCUCAUACUGACUUACCAGGGGUUUGAUGAAACUACACAACCCUCAACUAUUUUUAAAACAUCGGAUGGAUCUAAUGCAUCGAGCCCCACAACAUCAUAUACUAUUCAGACAACAGCACCAGAAUCAUCCUCGUCAACCGUGCUAACAACAACAUUAACAACAUCAACAGCACCAACUACAACUUACAUCAACAACCGUGUCAACAGUACCAACAUCACCAGUAACACCGAUACCAAAUUCAACUACUCCAUCUGA